UAUGGCGGACACACUUACACUUUUGUAGUUUAUAGUUUAAGUCAUUGAUUUGUGUUAUAUUCAUUUCAGUGGUUUGUGUCCUAUCACCUUGCAGAUCGCAAGUAUGAUUCCAAUUUUCAUUGAAACAAGAAGAUUUUCUGAUUUAGUGAAAAUCAUGAGAUAAUGGUUAUGGACAACGAUAUCACGUUAUGGAUUCUUGGAUGGAUUGGUUUGGUCAUCAUUUUGACCAUUGGAACAUUUGGAGUAUGGUGGUCUUUCCUAAUUUUAUGAACAUAUUUUUCUGUCUAGUUGGGUUUUGCUUUGUCUUGUGGUAUGUUGGUUCACGAGCGGCCAAACGUUGUUUAGCACGAACAUCGAAAGGUGAUUUGGGUUCACCUAGAAAUGGCCUGCCAUCAAUAAUUCAAAAAGUUGAAAAAGAGCAAUUUCGAAGUUAUAAAAUGGACAAGCGUUUGACGGGAUCUAGUAUUAUAGAUGAACCAUUACAAAAGGUGAUUGAGUAUUUUUUUCGUGAUUAUAUACGAUAUUGGUACAAUGACAUCAGUACGCAUGAAGAAUUUUUGUAUGAUAUCCGACAAACUUUGCAAAAAGUUCUGGUUUCUUUAUUUAGCAGGUCAAAAGAUGUUGAUUGGAUGUCGUUUUUGACUGUAAAACUAGUAGAUGAUUUCGCUGCGCAUUUAAAACUUUUUGGUCUAGCUACAGAACAAUGUCAAAAAUUUAAUGAAGAGGGUAAUAAUAAAGAUAAGGUUGAAGAUCUUCAACAGAUGAAGUCUGUGUUUUUUCAAAAAGAACAUGAAAUGCUGCGGAGUACAUGUCAUAAGGAUAUUUGUUUGGAUCAAAUAAAAGAAAAAGAAUAUUUGAGGACAGUCAGUGAUAUAUUGCUCUAUAUUCUGUUACCGGCCGGUGACUUUCAUAAUAAACCUUUUCGCUAUUUCCUUAGGGAAGUUAUCGCUUGUAAUGUUUUUCUCCCUACUAUUGAGAUGGUUUGCGAUCCGGAUUACAUUAAUCAAACAAUAAUUGUGUGGUGUCAAGAAAAUGCAUUCAACGUUGAAUCAUUUCUCACAAUCAUAAGAUCCACUGAUGAUGUUAAUGAUCUCGAAGAAAUCGAGGCUCGUGUUCGUGAAGAAAUUGUAAAACUUCGUUCUCAUGAUUCCGAAUCAACAGAUGAAGCCACUGUGACUGUUCAACAACAACUUAGUAGCAUGCUGUUUUUAAACAAGAUUUGUGAAGCUCGAAUUGAAAGUCUUAACUCUGGAGACGUGGAUAUUUCCGUACUCAACCAGGAAAACCCAGAGAUACCACAUCGUUUUGUCCCUAUCGAUCAAAACAUCCCAGUCUUGCCAUUGCAGGGUAUUUUGGACAACAACAAAGCUUUAUCUUAUUUUAUUGAAUUUAUUGGAUCGAUUGGAGGCAAGAAUUUGUUUUUCUGGUUAGCAAUUGAAAGUUUCCGUGUCACUGCUGAACAGCAGUUAUCGAUUCAUGCUGAAAAAGAAUUGCGUAGCAAAGGCUUAGGACAACUGAGGUUCUCAGAUGUUGAAUCAGUUCGAGAGGCAGCCCUUUGUAUUUAUGAUCAAUAUCUCUCGCCAAAGGCGGAUCCAAGAGUAGAUCUUGACGAAAAAGUCGUGAAACAAACCUUAUCGCAGAUAAAAAGCCAAGCACCAUCAGCUGAUUGCUUUGACUCUUUACAGAAACUGUCCUUCAAUAAACUAGCAGAAAAAAAAAUAUAUGGCUGCUUUCUUCAAAGUCACACUUACAUAAAAUGCCUCAUUGAUUUAGGUUUUUUUAAAGAAAAAUCAGACGAUAGUGAGUCAUUAGUGCGACCAGGAUCUCAAGAUUCUCUGACCAGAUCAAAUAGCCAUUCAAGUGUGGACAGUUUAAAUUCAUUGUGGAGUCGUGAUGAGGAAAUUCGACUUACAGCCAAUAUAUCGCGUACAGGUGUUUGUCACGAGGAUAAUAAAUCUUACGGUAUUUAUAAAAUAACAGUUUAUCGUGCGACUACUCAAGGCACAGUUUUAUGGACGGUCCUCCGAAGAUACAGUGAUUUUGACGAUCUUCAUGUGAAGCUAAUAGAAAAGUAUGGGUCCUUGGGAGAUUUGCAUUUGCCAAGAAAAAAAUCAUUCCGAAAUACAGAUAAAAGUUUUUUAAAAAGACGCAAACAAGAUUUAAACGUUUAUUUACAAGGACUGUUAAAACCAGAGCUUCUUGAUUCCAAACCUGGGAUGUUCGAAAUUGUGUCCCACUUUUUGGAAGCUGGAAAAUACACACAGGAAAAAGGACAAUUUGCUAGAAAGACUGCUCCGCUUCGAUCUUCCGUCCAUAAUGUUUCUAAUGUCAUUCGAAAUGUUCCUGAUGGUAUUUCAGAAGGUUUUCAAAAGGGAUUACAAAAAGUUCGGGCUAUAAGUAAGUCUGCUGUGAAAUCGGAUCGCUCUUCUGAAGAAUAUAGUAAAAUUUCUGCAAACUUUGAUAAUGAGGACGAUGACAAUAUACCUCUUCGAAUUCUUCUCUUACUGAUGGAUGAAGUUUUUGAUCUCAAACAUAGAAAUUUGUGGCUCAGAAGAAGGAUAAUUAUUUUGCUCAAGCAAAUUAUAAAGACAACAUUUGGAGACCGGAUCAAUCGCAAGAUUGUUGAUUCGAUAGAACUGAUGACUUCCACUGAGCAGCUUGCAGAAUAUGUUCGUAUUUUCAGAGAUGCAUAUUGGCCUGGUGGUGUUCUUGCUGAGGAGUACCCUGAGAGAUCUGAAUCUGUAAAAUCACGCACUCGUGUGACAGCAAAAACCAUGUUGUUUGGUAGCCUUCCAGAUGACUUGAAGAGAUUUCUUGGAAAUGAAGUAAGCAGGGAUGGUGUUUUCAGAGUGUUUUACACCUUUCAAUAUCCUGAAUUGAAUAAAAGAUUGUUGUAUGUUGUCAUGGAAGGUUUCCUUGAACAUUUGUUUCCUAAUAAUGAAUUUCCCCAAAUAUUUUCCAAGCUCCAUGCCAAGAGUCGUAUGAACACCAAAAAGAAUUCCCCAUAAUUUGCACGAGGUAAACUCUCGGUCUCAGCAAGUCUCAGCACGAAAAAUUAACAAUUUUUAUGUUGGUUUUAGCUGAAGUUCAAGAAGUUGUUAAAAUGUUUAAUACAAAAUUUCCAUUGUUGGUACGACAAUGACAUGUAUCAAAUGGGGUUCUGAACAAAUUGUUCAAAAUAUUCACUGCAAAUUUGCCAUUAAUGGUAUGACAGUAUCCAUGUUUUUGUUUGGCAAAGCUCAAACUCGUGAAAAGUUGGUACUGAUUCAUGCAGCUGAUGCAAGUGGUCUAUUCGUCUAAUUACACAAGGCGAGCUUAUUAUGUUAUCGGGGUUGAAUGGCAAAUGAGCUCAAAAAGUUCAACUCAUCAUCUUUAUGCUAUAAUAUGCAUAACUUAACGAGAUUAAAUUUUUUUCUUGAUA